AUGAAACCGCCACCUGUCCUGAUUGUGCUUUGCCUCCUGGUGGCCCUGGUCAGCGGAAACCUGGUCCAGUUUGGGGUGAUGAUUGAGAGGAUGACGGGCAAGUCGGCGCUGCAGUACAAUGACUACGGCUGCUACUGCGGCCUGGGGGGCUCCCACUGGCCGGUGGACCCUACUGACUGGUGCUGCCAUGCCCAUGAUUGCUGCUAUGGGCGCCUGGAGAAGCUGGGCUGCGAACCCAAACUGGAGAAAUAUGUCUUCUCCACCAGCAAACAUGGCAUCUUCUGCGCCGGCAGAACCACCUGCCAGCGCGAGACCUGCGAGUGUGACAGGAGGGCUGCACUCUGCUUCCGCCACAACCUUGGCACCUACAACCGCAGAUACGCCCAUUACCCCAACAGGCUGUGCACGGGGCCCACCCCUCCCUGCUGA